AUGGCUUUUCUGAGAAGUUUCUUGGGUGGUAAGCAAGCAAUGCGGAGUAAAUAAUCUUCGACACCAAGAGGAUUCAUGGCGGUUUAUGUUGGAGAGAAUGAUGACACGAAGAAGAGAUACGUUCUCCCAGUUUCAUAUUUGAACCAGCCUUUGUUUCAAGAACUGCUGAGUAAAUCAGAGGAAGAGUUUGGGUAUGAUCAUCCUAUGGGUGCCGGCACUGGCUUAACCAUACUGUGCCAUGAAUCUUUGUUCUUCACCGUCACAUCUCAGAUUCGAUGAAUUUCAAAAAAUGGCAGGGUGUGCGUUGAGUAUAAUCAGUCUUUUGUAGUACAAGGCUCCCAUUACUCAAAGAAAUAGUAGAAAAAAAUCGGAUUUGAUUUGAUUUUUUUUUUUACUUCGUUCGUAAAAAAUCUAUACUAAAGCAGAAUUUUUCUUAGUA